UCAUGUAGGCCUAGAUCUAGGAAGACGGAGUUGGCAUAACAUUUCAUUUUGGGGAAAAGAGCUGGGAACGCUUAAAAAAUGCCGAUAUCCAGCUCUCGACGUCGUCUGACAAGCCCGUUUGUUGGCCCAUCGGCAAGUAGCACAUCAUCGUUGUUGAACACAACUUCCAACACACAAAUUGUACGUUCGGGAGACGAAGAGGGCGUCACAUCAGAUAACGGACUGGAAACAUUGAAGAAGAAACGAGGAAGAGUGAAUACGAACAGCAUUACAUUCCCAAUCUUGGCUCGAAUUCGACCGUCAGUUCGGAAAGACUUCAACGUCAAUCAUGGCACACCUCAGUCCAAACCUCGCCGCAGAGGGCGCACCACCCCUCUGACAACACCGACACCCAGCAACACCGCAGCCCGUCGACUGCAACACGGUGAUCAACGGUUGACGAUGGGCAAGGACCAGUUUGCUCUGAAGAAGAUUCGAUUUUUCAACGCCCCACCAAAGCCUGCACCGCUAACACUGUGCUUCUCCUACCCGGGAUACGAUCUGAUCCAUCGGGAUGUGCUGGAUGGCAUCAAGAAAAGGAGGCCCAUUGAAGUCAAGAGGAUCAAGAGCAUUCAGUUCGUCGAUAUGAAUGUCGUUUUAGGAGCAGCGGGAGUCGAUAAUAGAUGGUUAAUAACACUAAAAGAUCAUGAUGCCCGCUAUAAGCUCUUCCGAGACGGACUAUCUAUCAAGGGCGAACGAGUCUUUCUCAGACGGUACGACGAUGUCAACUUCGAAGAUUACCGGGACUACUUGAGGCGGAAGAAUACUUUGCAAAGUGAUGCGCACACCGCUGUGCAGAGACUCUUAUCUCUCUGAAUGUAUUUUUUGUUGGUACAAUAAUGAAAUUAAGAAUGAAAAAAAAAAUAGACCACCCUUUUGUCUCUACUGGCGUACGAGCGAGGUGGAAAAAAUCAAAAUAUUCAAAUGCAGUGUACAAUUAUAUUAAAUUCAAAAUUAGAAUAAAAAUGGAAAAUGCCUCAGACAUGGGGCUCCUGCCGUCUCAUCGCCUCACACCUUAUUGCCUGACACGCGGGGUGAUAGGAUAUUGGUACCGAAAUGCCCAAGUGUGUGGGUGUGAGAGAGAGGGGGUGGGGUAUUUGGGAGACGGAUCGCCUUUAUGCUUUCCCAACGGCUAUGAUAUUCGUUGUUUUUAUGUCUUUCGGCCCACGAACCUCUGUUUUGAGUGCCCAGCACAAAAAUGUGACGGCUUUUUGACAGUUACUAAAUAAAUUUCACAAUAUUUUAAUUUUAAAUUUCAUAUACGAUUUAUUGCAUUAGUACAAACGUUAUAUUAUACCAAUAAGAUCAAUCGAUAAGAACAAUCGUAAAACACAGAAAAUAGUUAUUGCUCUAAGAAGUCCAGCACAAUAAUGUGACGGCUUUUUGACAGUGACUU